AUGGCCACGUGCGUGCAGCUCACUAGCACCAUGGAUGCUGAGAUGUGCUUUCCCAAGAAGCCAGAGAGAAUGAAGAAGAGGGUUGUCUGGGGCAUGGAGGUGCCCGUGGAACUGCGGUGGAAGGGCUGGGAGCUCGGGAAGGAGAUCACCAAGAACCUGGUGCUCAAAAACCUGUCUCUGAAGACGCAGAGGAUGAAGUACAGGCCCCCUAAGACCAGGUUCUUCUUCACGGUCAUCCCGCAGCCCAUCUUCCUGAGCCCAGGCAUAAGCUUUACACUCCCCAUCAUCUUCCGACCUCUGGAGAAGAUAGAGUACAGGGACCAGCUGUGGUUUGAGAAAGAAGAGGGGGUGUUCACUGUGGACCUACGGGCCACCUUGCCCCAGCACACCCUAAUGGCCCCUCCGUGCCUGCAGUUGCCCAUGUGCGCCGUGGGGGACGCGGUGCAGGGUUGGUUCUGCCUGGACAAUGUGGGGGACCUGCCCUCCUUCUACAGCUGGGAGUGCCCCAGCCCCUUCCAGAUCCUGCCCACCACUGGUCUGAUACUGCCGGGCCAGACCGCCCACAUGAAGGUCACCUGUCAUCCGGUAAUGGCCAUCAUCUAUGAGGUGCAGGCCACGUGCUGGUACGGGGAGAACAACGAGCAGAAAAGCUGCAUCCACUUGCGGACUGUGGCCAAGUACCCGCAGCUGCUGGUGGGCAUCAUGCAGAAGCGGCCAGAAGACCAGGACGAGGAGGGCGAGCAGAAAGUGCUGCACUUCGGCCCCGUGGCCCUGGGCAACACCGCCGAGAGGCAGAUCGAGCUGUAUAACCCGUCGCUGGUGAGUGCCCCCUUCAGGAUAGAGAAAGCCGAGCCCACUUUGACCGAAGACCGGACCUUCUGGUGCUCCCAAGUCCAGGGGAUCCUGCGGCCAGGGGAGAAGAAACACCUGUCCCUGUUCUUCUGCCCAGCGACUUUGGACGGCAGAACCAGGGACUACUUCUCCAUCAUACCCUGCGGCUCCACCUCCCAAACCCCGCUCAAAGUCAUUGGUUGCUGCACAGGUCCUGCUGUCUCCCUGCAGCGCCCCUGCGUGGACUUCAGAUGGAUCAACCUCGGGGCGCGCGCGGAGCAGCGCCUGUGGAUAGAGAACAAGUCCGAAUGCACCGCCUACUUCCAGUUCGCCAUCGACUGCCAGGAGAGCGUCUUCAGCAUCCAGCCGGCCUUCGGGACCCUGGAGGGCAAGGCCCGCCGGGUCCUGCGCUGUGUUUUCCAGCCCGCCCAGCCCUUCAUCUACUUCCGGAGAGUGGCCUGUGUCAUCCACCAUCAGGACCCGCUCUUCCUGGACCUGAUCGGGACCUGCCACUCCGACAGCUCCAAGCCAGCCGUCCUGAGGCCGGCGCACCUGGCAUGGUACCGCACACACCUGGCGCGGGGCCUGACGCUGUACCCGCCCGACAUCCUGUGUGCCAUGCUUACGGAGAAGAAGCUGGAGCAGGACCUCGACGGGGCCCUCAUGCUCUCCACGGAGGACACACCAGCCCCACAGUACCCCUUCGUGCCCCCCAUGACCGAAUUCUUCCUGGAUGGCACCGGCAACUUGACCAUCUUCCCCCCCCACGUCAGCAUCGAGCCCGUCCAAGUGGACUUUGGGGGCUGCCCCGGGCCCCAGCACCCCAACCCCAUCCCCCUGUGCCUGACGAACCACACCAAGGGCAAGGUCACAGUGGUCUGGACACACAGGUCUGACUGCCCCUUCUGGGUGACCCCAGAGAGCUGCGAGGUGCCCCCGCUCAAGUCCAUGGCCAUGCGCCUGCACUUCCACCCGCCGCACCCUAGGGGGCUCUUCUCUGUGGAGCUUGAAGCCUUUGCACUCUAUAAGGUACUCCUGAGAUACCACAAUAUCGAAAAGGACUGUACCGUGUGCCCAUCCUGGUGCCUGAAGGUGCAGGCCCAAGGCCACAGCUACCCCGCGGCCACGGAGCACCACAUCCCCCAGUACUCCCUGGACGCCCCCAAGCUCUUUCCGGCCGUGUCCCCAGGGGAACCCUCCUACAGGAGCCUGCUUCUAGCCAACACAGGCUCCCUGCUGCUCACCUUCAGUCUCGCGCCCCAAAGCAGCUCCCACAUCUCCCUGCGGCCCAGCUCGGGCCUGGUGGCCGCAGGGGCCCACCAGAUCUUUCUCAUCUGCACGUACCCCAAGGGCCAGGCCUGGACGCCUCACGAGAUCUUCCUGCAGUUCAAUUUCUACCCCGAGUAUCUCAAGGAGGUGACGCUGCAGAGCCGGGAGGAGCCGCAGCAGCUGCAGCUGGACACCUCCCAGGCCAUCUACUUCCGGCCCACCUGGGUGGGCAACUCCUCCACCAGCCCCUUCACCCUGCGCAACCCCUCGCGCCUGCCCCUGGAGUUCGAGUGGAGGGUGUCCCAGCAGCACCGGAAGAUGCUGGAAGUGCAGCCCUCUAGGGGCGUCAUCCAACCCAACGAGAGACUGACCCUGACAUGGAUCUUCAGCCCUCUGGAGCAGACCAAGUACCUGUUCCGAGAAGGACUGUGUGUCUGGGAAGCCGGCCUGCCCCCGGAGACCAAGCCCCCCACCACCACCCACUACCUGCUCCGGCUGGUGGGCGUGGGCGUCCUCAGUAAUAUCUCUGCCAAGGAGAAGGAACUGGACUUUGGGAACCUGCUGGUAAGCUCCAAGCAGUCUCGGGAGCUGGUGAUUCUGAACGAAGGCAACUGCGCCCUUUCCUACCGCCUGUUCCUGGAGCAGAAUAGCCCGCCUGUCAGCCCUGGGGAGCCCCUGGCGCUGCAAAUGGCGCCCUCGGAGGGCAGCAUGCCGCCCCGGUCUCAGGAGGUCAUCUACCUGUCCGCCCAUCCCAAACUCCGCUGCCACUACUCCUGGACUAUCAGCUACUCCCUCCUGUCCCAGAGAGAUAACACGGUGGGGGAGAAGCAGCCCCUGUGCCACGUCUCCCUGAUGGCCACCUACCCCUUCCUCUCUGUCCUGGACAUCUGCCCCCUGGGCAGCGCCGAGGGCAUCACCCGCAAGCAGCUAUGGCAACUCUUUUCCCUGGACACCCUCAACAGCUACCUGGAGCGGGACCCCACGCCCUGGGAACUCACCUAUAGGGUGCCCACCCGGCACAGCACCAGCCAGAUCCCCCCCGUCUACACCUCUCUGAAGCUGGACUUCAAUUUUGGGGCUGCCCCGCUGGAGGCUCCCCCAUCCGUGGUGCUCCUGGCCUUGAAGAACAAGGGUCUGAUAGCCCUGGACUGGGCCUUCCUCUUCCCCAGCGACCAGCAGAUCGACUUGGAGGUGUGGGCGGAGCAGGGCGAGUUCAGCAGCACCGAGCUGCACCAGAUGCGGGUGCAGGACAACCGCCUGUUCUCCAUCAUCCCCAAGGCCGGCACACUGGGCCCCGGGCAGGAGCAGCUGGUGGAGUUAAAAUACAGCCACCUGUUCGUUGGCACUGACCGUCUCCCCGUGCUCCUCAAGGUGUCUCAUGGCCGGGAGGUCCUGCUUAACUUCAUCGGCGUGACAGUGAAGCCGGAACAGCCAUACGUGCACUUCCCCACCACCAGUCACCAAUUCGUCCCUGUCCCCAUCGGCAAGAAAAUGCCCCCGCGCCAGAUUUACGAGUUGUACAAUGGUGGCUCCGUGCCGGUGACAUAUGAGAUCCAGACCGACAUCCUGUCAUGGGUGCAGGAAAAAAAUUUCGGACACCCCAUCUUCACCUGCCUCAACCCCAAAGGGGAGAUCAAACCAGGCACCACCGCCCGCAUCCUCUGGAUCUUCUCACCCAUCGAGGCCAAGACCUACCAGGUGAACGUGCCCAUCCACAUCCUGGGCUGGAACUCAGCCAUCAUCACCUUCUACGGGGUGGGCUAUGACGCCCACAUUAUGGGCGAGACAGCCCCGUUCCACAACAUCACAUCAUGGGACAACAGCUGCGUGUACUCGAGGAUGAUGGUUCCUGGGCAGAACGUCUUCCUGUCCCAGUCCCACAUCUCCCUGGGAAACAUCCCCGUGCAGAGCAAGUGCAGCCGCCUGCUGUUCCUCAACAACAUCUCCAAGAAGGAGACCAUCGUCUUCGUCUGGAUGCUGCGGUCGCUGGACUUCGGGGAGUUGUCUGUGACUCCCAUGAGCGGGAAGCUGGCCCCCGGGGAGACGAUGCCCUUCGUGGUGACCCUGAAGACCACCACACACAGCAGCUUCUACAGCACAGAGCUGGUGUGCAAGGUCUACCAGCAGGAGAAACUCCAGCAGUUCCACAGGGACCUGCGGGCGUGGAGUGCCCAGAAGCAGCGGCAGGAGGAGGAAUUCAUCAUCACAGACAGGACGGUGAAGAGAAGGACCUGCUGUGCCGUCACAGAGGCCGUGAGGAAGUACAAGACACUGCCCCCGAUCAAGCACCAGCUGUCACCCAGCCUGCCGGCCUGCUGGAACCUGCAGAUCCCCCAGGAGAAGCCGACGUGGCCGUGCCCGCAGGCGCCCCAGCCCAGCCUGCUCUACCUGGGCCUCACCGCACGGGCCCACACCGUCGACUCCUUCCUGGACAACUUCUCCAGCUUUCCCUGCUUCUUCCUGCACUGGGAACUGCCCAAGAAGAAGCCCCCCCAGGAAGAGGCAGCAGCUUCCAGGAAGGACCCCCCUGACCUGGGGCUCUCCGUCAGCAUGCAGGAGAAGCAGCUCCUCACUGACUGUCUCUGCACCAUCAUCAGAGGCCUGUUGGAAGACAAGACCUUCCACGACGCCAUAGACCGAGGCCUGGAGGAGCAGGUCCCCUACUUCUCCCAGUUCUGGGAUGAGGAUCUGAUCAGGUUCAGGAUUCAGACAAGCAGUAGCCGGCACCUCUGCCGGGUUCACCGUGCCAGCAACUUCAGUGGUGGCGGUGGCAGCGGCGGGCAGGACAGGGGAGACCAGAGCCUGGAGAAGAAGGAGGCGGGGGAAGAGGAGAGGGCCAGAGAGGAAGAGGAGAUCCUGGAGGAGGAGGAAGAGGAGGAGGAGGAGGAGGAGAGGGAGGAGGCGGGGGAGGAGGACGGCCUGGGGGAGAAGGAAGAGAAGCCGGCAUGGCCCGAGACGCAGCCCGCGCUGGGCCCUGAGUUCCAUCGGUCCCUCAAGUGGGAGCGGCAGCACAAGGAACUGCAGGUGGCCUUGAAGGAGGAGAAGGAACUGCGGGAGAAGGAGGUCAUCAGACGGCUUCCGGCCUUCGCCAACCUGCAGGAAGAGCUGAUGGAGAACAUGAUCAGGAACGUCCUGGUGGAGGCGAGCCUCGGGGAGGUGGUGCUCACCUCGCGGCCUCGGGUCAUCGCUCUGCCUCCGCUCAACGCGCCCAGGCUUCGAAGUCCCGACCUGCAGCUGCUGCGCACGGUGCAGCAAGAAACACCUUGCUCGUCCCUGCACCUACAAUAA